GUGGGCGGAGCCAGAGGACUCUGAAUGCAGCGUGUGACGGGACUCGUACUCUUCAGCUGGUGACGUCACCGCCCUCCUGCGUCCCUCGUCUGCCUACGUCAUCCAGGGGAUCGUCACCUUCCUGGCUGGGAGAAGAGAGCAGGAUGCAUUUGGAAGCUGUGUUGAGAUCAUCCACACGCCAUGCCAAACCUGCUGGGGUUACUCUCCAGUAUGGCACUGCAGGAUUCCGUACCAAAGCAGAACUUCUGGACCAUGUUAUGUAUCGCAUGGGCUUGCUAGCUGCUCUCAGGUCAAAGAAGACCAAGUCUGUUAUUGGAGUUAUGGUGACUGCCUCUCACAACCCUGAGGAAGAUAAUGGAGUAAAGCUGGUGGAUCCCAUGGGAGAAAUGCUUGUUCAGGAAUGGGAGUUGUAUGCUACUAAUCUGGUGAAUGCUGAGGAGCACGAAUUACAGACAGUUCUGACCAACAUCAUCAAGCAGGAGUCCAUCAACAUGCAAGAUGAGUCAUGUGUAGCUAUUGGAAGAGAUACCCGGCCAAGCAGUGAAAACCUUUCCCUUGCGGUUAUUGACGGAGUUACGGCUCUUGACUCCAAAUACCAAGAUUAUGGCCUGGUGACCACACCGCAGCUGCACUACAUUGUUUGCUGUCGCAAUACAGAUGGAAGAUAUGGAGAACCAACUGUUGAAGGAUAUUACCAAAAACUGUCAAAGGCAUUUUAUGCUUUAGUCAAACAGUCUCCUGAUGGUGGAGUGGGACAGAAGUGCUUGAGCAUAGAUGGAGCGAAUGGCAUUGGUGCUUUGAAGAUAAAGGAGAUGGAAGAACAUCUUCAGUCCAUGCUCUCCUUACAGCUGUUCAAUGAUGGCUCUAAAGGGAAAUUAAACCAUGCGUGCGGAGCAGACUAUGUGAAGGUGCAGCAGAAACCUCCUGAAGGUAUGGAUAUGAAGCCUGGAGAGCGAUGCUGCUCAUUUGAUGGCGAUGCUGACCGCAUUGUAUACUACUACAUGGACAGUGACGAUCGCUUCCACCUUCUAGAUGGGGAUAAGAUUGCCACACUGAUAAGCACCUUUAUCAAGGAACUCUUAGUGAAGGUUGAUUUAAAGCUUAAUAUGGGAGUUGUCCAAACGGCCUAUGCAAAUGGCAGCUCCACUCGUUACUUGGAAGAAGUUAUGAAGGUUCCUGUAUACUGUGCAAAAACUGGUGUUAAGCAUCUGCAUCAUAAAGCACAAGAGUUUGAUAUUGGAGUUUAUUUUGAAGCAAACGGUCAUGGAACGGUACUGUUCAGUAAAACCGCUGAAGAGCAGAUUAGACAUCUGACCAGUGCAGGAGCCAAUGAAGAAUCAAAAAAAGCUGCCCAGACGCUUGAACAUGUCAUCAAUCUCAUUAAUCAGACAGUGGGAGAUGCCAUCUCUGACAUGUUGGUCAUCGAAGCCAUCCUUUUACUCAAGAGUCUCACUGUACAAAAGUGGGAUGAAAUUUAUUCCGAUCUUCCAAAUCGCCAGCUGAAAGUAACGGUGGCAGAUAGAAAAGUAAUAGACACAACAGAUGCUGAGAGACGUACUGUAAAACCACCAGGAUUGCAGGAGAACAUUGACGUGCUUGUCAAGGGGUACAAUAUGUCCAGAGCAUUUGUGCGUCCUUCAGGAACUGAAGAUGUAGUCCGUGUAUAUGCUGAGGCGGACACCCAGGACAAUGCAGAUGCCUUGGCGCAUGAGGUGUGCUUGGCAGUCUUCCACCUUGCAGGAGGAGUUGGAGAUCAACCAAAGCCUCUGAGAUGAAGUGCCAUUAAUGAGACUGGAUGCUGUUUGUACAGACUUCUGACUCUGGACAUUGCAACUUUAUAAAGUUCUGUGGAACUGGAAUUUUCUAUCACAAAAUGUAAAAGGUUUACAAUUAGCGGGACAUAUCUCGGUCAUAUUAUAUAGUCAUUUCUUAUACGGUGCCUUGAAGGAUUGGUUUUCAGAUCUUUUUACUUGUAAUACACUAUUUUGCAAUUUACUUUUGGUGUGUUUAUUCAUUUUUAAAGGUCCUUUGCAAGAUUUUUUAUUUUUUUUUUGCCAGUGAGCAAGGGGCUAUAUGAAGUACAGAAAAACCCUCAAUUAUCUUUUAAAUGUUCGGCCACACCCUGGCUGGUGCUUCAUUCCCUAUUGGGCCCGCAGUGGUCACAAGCCAUUCAUCGUUCACUUGACCGCUGCAGCCAAUCACUGGCCUCAGUGGUCAUGUGUGCAUGAACAACACUAGUGAUUGGCUGCAGCGUUCAUGUGAACAACGAACGGCAAGUGAUCAGUGCAGGAGCAGCAAAACAUUGAAAAGAUGAGUAUUUAAUACAGCCCUUUGCUCUCUGGAAAUGUAAAAAAAAUAAAUAGGAAAACCGCUUUAAAGUCUUUCAAUUUAGUUUCCUGUUUGAUUCAUCACAAAAUCUAUAUGGCACUGUGUACUUAAUUUAUAAUGUUGAUUGUGGGGGAUUAGUAAU